AAGUUGAUAAAUGAGAUAAUUCAGAAGAAAUAAGGGCUAGUAAAUAAUAAAAGAAGAUGCCAGUGGAGACGCAAUCACGAGAUUUUGAUACAUUUGCCUAAGGGGGCACACCCUCAGAUAGGGUGAAUCUAAAAGAUAAGGCUGCUAGUUAGUUUAAUAGCCAUCGUCAUCACCACCAUCAACAUUUUCUUUCCUUUCGUCUUGGCUGAGCCAAGCAAGGAGGAGACGAGGAUGGAUAUUUUCGAUGUUGGGCCCUGCAAGGAUUCCUACCAGCUGGGUUUCCUGAUAGGACAAAGAUUCUCGGACUUGAUAAGGAGCAGGGUAGUCACUGACCUCAUACUCCAACACCAGCUGCUUCCGUUUUCUCGCACCCCUGAAGCCGAGCCGCUCAUCGAGUCGCUCUGCAGCAACAACAAGCAGAGAUUUCCAAGGUACUGGGAUGAACUAUUGGGAACUGCUCAGGGGAGCCGCGUCUCAGCCCUCGAGCUAAUACUGGUGAACUUCAGAAAGGAGAUACUACCAUUUAUCCCCAAAACAGAGGAAGCCCCCAAACAAGAAGAUACAGCCAGUGAGGACUGUUCCGAUGUUCUCAUUGUAAACGAUUCGACAGCCUUCCUUGGACAUAAUGAAGAUGCAAAUGUAGCUCUAGUCGGCCACACCUAUUUGGUGAGGGUGAUGCUUCCUACUGGACUAUCCUUCACAGCUUACACCUAUGCAGGAGAACUACCAAGCUGUGCUUUUGGUUUUAACAGCCAUGGGGUGGCAUUUACACUAAAUGCGGUACCGCCAUCCAACGAUGAAAUACUUGAAGGAGGAAUUGGUCGGAACUUUAUAUCACGAGAUCUACUCGAAGCAACUAACAUCUCAGACGCGUUGAAUAGGCUUCAGUCAUCCAAUGCUUCUGUUGGGCACAGCUAUAAUCUGGUAGAUAUGCAAGGCCGGAAGAUAUUUAAUGUAGAAACUGCGUCAAACAACCGCUUCUCCAUUCAUGAAGCUGGAGCUAGACCAUUCUUUCAUGCAAACAUGUACCUGCACCUUAAAGUCCAGCAGGUACAAAAUGAGAGUUCUAUCAGUCGGCAAAGAAGAGCAGCGCUACUUCCAGCAGAGUCCAAAGAAAAUACACUUGCUCUUCUUGGAGAUUGUGAGGACGAAGAAUACCCCAUCUAUAUGACAGGCCCCACGCUGUACACUCUAUGCACUGUGCUUAUUGAUCUGGAUGACCGGACGCUGACAAUAAUUCAAGGCCAACCCAAAAAAAGGAGACACUCUUUCUUUAUUUUCAAUAUUCUAAGUGCAGGGGCUACAACUAAUGCUCUCACUAGAAAGCAUAAAGUCUAUCUCAACUAUUGAUGAAGAUGUUAAUCGAUUGGAUCAAACACGGCUAUCGUCUUGGAUUCAAACUUGAACGCAUCGAUGUUCUUCAUGCAGGCUCAUAGAGACCCAACAUGUGUCCAUCAAUGCACCGCAAGGCCGCAACCUGUAAAAUCAGUGUUAAAACUAUGUCCUCUUCUGUGAUA